GUUUUUCAUAAACAUCCAAAGGUUAUAGGGUAAAGUAACCAACACUGCAGCAGAGAACAAAAUGAAAAAGAAUGAUCUCUGUACAAUAGUAAAGUUAAUCUGUAGCCAAGUUAAUGCUGCAUAUCUCUCCUACAGAUGAAGGUGAUACAACACUCUGUGGAGACACUGAAAACCGCUUUGGUCUCUAAUAAUCAGGACUUGGCUAAACUUUACAGUAAAUACACAAAAGAAGAACGCCGUCUUCUGGAGGAGGGGUUCCACCCAAGGCAGCAUGAUUCCCUUUUCCAGCCGAUCACAGUGCAUUCUGACUCAGACUGGAUCCCCGCUCACCCCGAGGAGCCUCAAGACUUCGGGAACUUCUACAGAGACCCUUACCGCAAGACCCCCAAUGCUACCCACAAUACAAUUUACAUUCAGACCAUAGGUUCCUUUGGAAAGGUUGGUGCCCACACAGACCAGUAUGUGGAGUGGCUCAGAGAAUAUUGCCAGGCCUUCUUCCAUGGGCUUGUUGUCAAGUUGCUGCCAGCGGUUACUGUUGCUGAAACACAGUGCUCUUUCAGGGUUAACAGUAACUCGCACAACCUUCAGAUCCUCACUGGUGACCUACUACGAUUUCUGGGGAACAGGAAACCAAAGGAUGCUUUUUGUAUUGUUGGAAUCACAAUGAUUGACCUCUACCCCAAAGACUCCUGGAAUUUUGUCUUUGGACAGGCUUCUCUCAGUAUGGGAAUGGGUGUUUUCAGCUUUGCCAGGUAUGAUGACAAUUUCUACACCAGAAGUUAUGCUGGGAGGCUGAAGAAACGGCUUCAGCCAAAGCAAGGGGACUAUUCUGUGUUUGACGGAUAUUACACUCCCCCCAUCACCAGUACCCUGCUGCUUCGCUCUUGCAAGACCAUGACCCACGAGAUUGGCCACAUGUUUGGAAUAAAGCAUUGCCAGUGGCUGAACUGUGUCAUGCAGGGCUCCAACCACCUGGAGGAGUCUGAUCGUAGGCCCCUUGACUUCUGUCCCAUCUGCCUUCGAAAGCUGCACGUCUCAAUUGGCUUUCAGAUAACCCAAAGAUACAAGGCCUUACUGCACUGGAUGGAGGAGGAUCAGAGUCAAACAUCCAGUCCAGAGGAGGCUUCUGCCUGUCAGUCUGCACUCCACUUUCCCAAACCCACUGAAGCCUUUCAUACAUCCAAACUGUGGCUCCGCAGGUGUCUGGACAUACUAGAAAAAAAUGAAUGAUAGGAAUUCCCCAUAACUCUAGGUAAGUGCUAGGCCAAGUAGGAUGUCUAAAUGCACAUAUCAUGAACUAUGCAUCAUUUACUCUGUGUUUAGCAUUUCUGCUGCUGUUUAUUAUCAAAACAUAUAUCAAUAUUGUUGAUUGUUAUACCCAAUUUAGAAUGACAGCAGGGCCCAUGAGAUGUAUUGACUGCCUAUAGCAAUAUGUCUAGAGGAGACU